AUGCCACCCAAAAAAAAGUCGUUGGCAUCUACACUCUCCAGAAAGAAGCCAAAGAUUCAAGUACCAGACGAUGCACAAUGGUGCUUAGACAACCUACGCCAUCUUACUUUUAGAAAGUUUAUUGAAAAGUUCCAAUGCUUGGACAAGUAUGGAGCUUGUAUAAAGUUUAUUGGCUCUGUUACUGAACACAGGUUGCGAAGUCUGAAUGCUAAGGCCAAUACUGUUGUCCGAGAAACACUCGAUGGUGUUGACGAUCAAGAAACUACCGACGACACUGCUGAUAUUCAAGAAAGCACCAAAGACACUACUGAAUACCAAGAAACAGCCUGUACUAUUGACACUCAAGAAAAUAUCAAUGCGAAUGAUGCUCAAGAAACAACCGACGACGACUCUUUCAGCAAUGAUGAUAGAAGUUGUCAGCUUUACCCGACCUCGUCCAUCACCAGCAACAAUGAUACCAAUGUUAAUUCAGACAAUAUCAAUGUUAACCCCUGGAUCUUCCGCGGGAAAAACCUUACUCUCAUGUUCGAGAAUUACAAGUCAGUUGUCCAUGAUUUGAUCAACAAACACACAAAGCUUCCGCUUGAACCCUAUAUCAAUGAAUUGGCAGCUUUAUCGCAUAUUUUGAUCUUAAACAAGCAUCAGCACAGUUCUAUUGCCACGAAGGUAUUUUCCAUUGAAUUAUUGGAAGAAUUAGCAGCGUCUUUGUCUUCCGAAUCGAUGAACUACAAUCUCGAUUUCAAUGAUCAGUAUUAUCUGACGCUCACAAAAACCAUCACGAAUCUCAAUCAAGCCAUUGUUGAACUUACAGUCAUGUCUGCUGAUAUGGAUUAUGGUCCUAGACGUCUUGUUCGUGGAAUCUCCAAUUUUGAAAGCGAACUAUGGGGUACUUACUUUGACCCUCUACGUUCAUGCUUAAUCUAUGAUCCAGAUAGGCUUGUACAUUUACGUUGGACGAAUUCCAUUCCAAUCGAAGGUGGAAAAUUGCGACCAGAUGCAAUCAUCGCCAAAAAACAACAACUCGAGUAUGAUCACAGUAUUGGGCACGGCAACACAAGCAAAUACCUUCUCUGCAUGGACACCCUUCGAUUGGCAAUUUUCAACAAAAAUGCAAUCGACGUGAACAAAUUGGAUGGAUCGCUUGCUUUUCAAAUUCAUGGGUUUAACAUCACGUUUUUUGUCUCUCGCUUGGUUGCCAAUGGGAUUUACACUUUUUUUGAAAUUGCACAUUUUCGUUUUCCUCAAUCCUUGGAUGAUCUUCCAUCUUUCAUAUCCUUGAAGAACAUGAAAUUGUUGCUUGGUAUCAACGAGGCAUUUUGGCGCCUAUGCAGAAAAUCCGACGAUUCUGCCACCAUAGCUGGUAGAUACAAAGUAACAUUAGCAAGCUUGGAAACAUUGAUUGACGGAAGCAAAGAUCGAGCAAGAAGCUGUUCUGUGCGAUAUGGACAGUAA